UGUCCAUGUUGGCUGAAAAUACGUCGCUUGGUCCUCCGCGGCAUCAUUAUUGGAGUAAGCUCUAUUGAACCACUUCUACAGAUAAAUUCUUUGCCUCUCUCGUUUAGUGGUGCAUCGCAGUAACAACAAACACGCUCACAUAUCAGAUCGGACUCAUUUUCCAUCUCGCAAAUCUGAGGAAGCAGGAAGCUUCCAUCCUUUAAUAUCAGAAUUGAAUUAAAAUCGACCUCGAAUCUCUCUUCGGAUCGAAGAAAUGCAAGAUGACGACGCACUUCCAACAACCACAGCCUUUACGAAGAAGGAAAGUGCCGAUUCGGGUCUUUUUGGCAAAGGGAAGUAUAAAUUCUGGGCAUUGGCUGCCAUUUUGAUUCUCGCAUUUUGGUCCAUGUUCACCGGCACUGUAUCUCUUCGGUGGUCAGGAAGUCUCAACAGUUUGUCUAAUGACCUCGAUACUCCCAUCCAUGACGACCUUGACGUCCUUGAAAUGGAAGAGAGGGAGAAGGUGGUGAAACACAUGUGGGAUGUAUAUACCAACAGCCGUCGGAUCAGAUUACCGCGAUUCUGGCGGGAGGCACUCGAGGCCGCCUAUGAAGUGUUGGCGAAUGACGUGCCUGGGGUCAGAGAGGCCGCCAUCACGGAGAUCGCCAAGAUGUCUGUGCACUCCAUUGAUUUCGACUCCCCUCCCAUCCGAUCAACGAGAGCACAAGAAUUUAGCAAGAGCCUCAAGCAAGAUAAAAAAGGUAAAGAAGCGGCAACAAUUACUCGUGCUUAAGGGUGAGAAGAAUGUGGAGCAUCCAAGGUGAGAAGUUUGUGAAGAGAUAGUGAUCGGCCAAGCCAUACUUCGUUUAUCAAUGCUUCUAUGAUUGGGUAAAUUAUGCAUUUUUAUUAUUAUAGGUUGUAUUUUUCCAAAUUUUGCGGUCAUUCAACAUCUUCACAAUGUGAGGGUUAGUAAAUUGAAGCACGACCUCUUGGACAGAUUGCUUCAUGCCAAAAAAUAUUUUUCGAGGUUCAGCUCGUUAAAAUCAUAGCAAACUCCACUAUUUUCUAUUUUCUUUUGACAAAAGAUGGUCAGGAGUCUCCUGGAUACUUAAUCAAUCAUUACUGCUUCA